CAUGGAACUAAUAAGCUCUGUACUGACGUCUUAGUUAAACUUUCAUUUAGCCAGCAUAAAUAGCUCUGAAGCCUUCAGUACAAAUGAAUUUGCUUAAGCCUAUUCAGGUUGCUUCAAUGAGAUGCACAAUGCUCUUGGUAAUGCAUCUCUUUGUACUUUUGGCACUUUACCUGUUUUCUCCAGUCAGCGGUUCAAAUGUGGUGUUUGAAAAGAAUGGUUAUGAAAACGUAGUUAUCGCAAUCCAUCCUGACAUACCAGAAAAUGAUGAUAUUAUCACAAAAAUACAGGCUAUGAUAAUUGACUCGUCUUCAUAUUUAUUCAAAGCAACGAGACAAAGAGCAUACUUCAGGGAUGUAAAGAUCCUAAUUCCUUUAACCUGGAAAAACAAGUCAAUGUAUCAGAGACCAAAGAGACAAACGUUUGAUAAUGCAGAUGUAAUUGUUUCGGAACAAAAGACGCAAUAUGGAGAUGAUCCCUACACUUUGCAGUAUGGAGGAUGUGGUGAAACAGGAAGAUACAUCCAUUUAACACCAAAUUUCCUGUUAGAUGACACAUUGCUUAAUGCCUAUGGACCAAGAGGAAAUGUGCUGGUCCAUGAAUGGGCUCACCUUCGAUGGGGAGUAUUUGAUGAAUAUAAUGCAGACAAACCAUUCUACAUAUCUAAAACCAGAAAGAUUGAAGCAACCAGGUGUCCAACCAACAUUAAAGGAGUACAGGUAUCCAAAGGAACCUCUUUUGCAUGUAAGUUAAAUGUAGCCACAGGGAUGCCAGAUGAAGAGUGCGUGUUUCUCCCAGACAAAAUACAAACUGCAACAUCAUCUGUAAUGUAUCUACAAGGAUUACCUUUUGUAGCAAAUUUCUGUGAUGACAAAUCACACAAUUCUGAAGCUCCAAAUCUACAGAAUCUAAUGUGCAAUUAUCGAAGCACAUGGGAUGUGAUCAGCAAUUCAAAAGACCUUAAAGACACCACACCAAUGACUAGUUCUCCACCACUGCCCAUGGUGACACUGCUGCAAGCUGGUGACAGAGUUGUUUGUUUAGUGCUUGAUGUCUCUGGAAGUAUGGAGUAUCAUAACCGAAUACAAAGGCUGAAACAGGCAGGAGAAGUUUUCUUGCUACAGAUUAUUGAAACAGGAUCAUAUGCUGGUAUUGUUACCUUUACAUCAUAUGCUGCUAUUAAGAAAGACCUGCUACUUAUAGACAAUGAUGCCAAACGACAAGAACUUGUAAACUCCCUACCUACAUCAGCUAGUGGUGGAACAAAUAUCUGCAGGGGAGUUCUAAAAGGUUUUGAGGUUCUUGAGGAAGUUACUGGAGGAACAAGUGGAAAGGAAAUUGUGUUGCUGACUGAUGGAGAAGAUGAGAAAAUACAAAAUUGUUUUCCACAAGUAGAGGACAGUGGUUCCAUUAUUCAUACAAUUUCACUAGGACUGAAAGCUGCUAAGGAACUUGAACAGCUGGCAGACAUGACUGGUGGGCUUAAGUUCCACGCCACAGAUAGUCUUGACUCUAAUGGUUUAAUCGAUGCUUUUACUGGAAUAUCAUCUUCAAAUGGUAAUUUGUCCCAACAGUCCAUUCAGCUUGAAAGCAAUGGCCGUACUGUUAAAACAAAAGAAUGGUUCAACAGCACAGUGUCGAUAGAUAAAUCAGUUGGAAAAGACACUUUCUUUAUGAUCACAUGGCAGACAUCAGAACCAGACAUUUAUGUGAAGACCUCUAGUGGAAGAAUAUACAUAAUGACAGACUUUAAAAAAGAUACAAAUUUAAAAGCAGCUCGGCUUCAAAUACUUGGAAUUGCAGAGACAGGAGACUGGAGUUAUUCAUUCUACAAUAAACACAGCAGCAGCCAGGCUUUUGGCAUCACAGUAACAUCACGAGCAGCAGAUCACAGCGUUCCACCUGUCACUGUUAAUGCCCACAUGAGUGCAGAUAAAACUGAUUAUCCUAAUCCAAUGAUCCUUUAUGCUGAAGUCAGUCAAGGCUUUCUGCCUGUUGUUAACGCAAUUGUAAUAGCUAUAAUUGAACCAGAAAAUGGACCACCAGUUACCUUGGAACUCCUUGAUAAUGGUGCAGGUUCAGAUUUUGCAAAACUUGAUGGAGUUUAUUCGAGAUACUUCACUUCCUUCAAAGAAAAUGGCCGAUAUAGCUUAAAAGUCCAAGUUCAGGGAAAGGAAACAACCAUUUUAGCAAGCUGGACACAGAAUCGUGCUGCAUACAUACCAGGAUUUGUUGACAAUGGUCAGGUCCAGUUUAAUCCAUCAAAGCCACCAGUAAAAGAUGACGACCUUAAUAUUGUUGUGGGCAGCUUCAGCAGAACAUCUUCAGGGGGAUCGUUUUCUGUAGCUGGAGUUCCAUCUGGACCUCUCCCAGACAUCUUCCCACCCAAUAAAAUUACUGAUCUGGAAGCUGAAAUGAAAGAAGACACAUUCAUCUUGACAUGGACUGCACCAGGAAAUCACUAUGAUCUUGGAAAUG